AGGGAAGACCAAGUUAAAUUUGCUCAAGGAAGGAUUUCUCUGGUUGAAAAAUACUAUGGUCUCUUGUGUGAUACCUUAGGAUCGGUCAUUCGAAAAUCUGCUAGAUUGAGAGAUAAAGGUCAAUUAGUUGAAGUUUUGUAAUCAAAUUUAAUUUUCAAGACUCAUAUAAAUCAAGGACACUUGCAGUAUCACUCAAUUUUGCUUUGUCACUAUUACUUGUACUUGUAUGUUAUUAUGCAAUUAUUUUCCUGCAGACUGACACAGACUAUAAAUUAACUGAAUAAUAAAAGAGUUGUAGACUCAGAGAAGUCAGAGUUAAGUCUUAAGCUUAAAAGCACCUCAUUUUAUCAUAUGUUUAGACUAGAGCUAAUUACUAGCAAUAUUUUAUUUUUUUUUUAAUUGUGAGAUAGGAAUAGAUUUAUUAAUUGUUUUGUCAUGAAAUUAUUAAAUAGCAUAACAUGGAUAAAUUAUAUAUUGCUUAUCUAAUUACAAUUCAAGCAGUUUAAAAGCAAACUAAAAUUUGAGAUCUUUGUUUUUUUUGCAGAAUUCAAGGCUCUUUCCAAUUUUAGCUACAAUUUUGAAGUGUUUGUAUAUCUUUGUCUAAAAUGCAAUAUGUUGUUUUCUACAAUAAUUCCUUUUUAUUAAUUAAUUUUUCAGGAGAUUUGUUUUCACAACAUUUAAAAGAAUAUGCUGAUAAUCAAAGAAUUAACGGGUCUACCAAAGUAAAUCUUACUACAUUUGCACAGAACUUUUCAGCUGUACAAGAUUACAGACAUGCAGAGGUUUGUGUAUAUGGAUGUCAUUGGCAUGCCAGUCCCAUUGAUUGUGGCUUGUAACUGAUGUAUAAUUUAAACUUCUUUAAGUGGGCCCCAUAACUUGGUCAACUAGAAUGUUCCUGUGCUGGGUUUUUAUGUGCUACGGUACACAUCUUCAUAUAAAAUAAACCCUAUCUUUUUAAUCUAGAAAUUUAUCUGCUUGUUUAAUUGGACAUUAAUUAAUUUACUAAAAUUUACUAAAAACCUGUUCUGUAGCUAAAAACAAUUUAUUUUGUUUUUUGGCCGAUUAAAAAACUAGUCUGUUAAAUGCUUAAUUUCAUAAAAAACAAACCAUGUUUUUCAUCUAUAAAUUCCUAUGCAAGGUUAAUUGGAAAUUUAGCUAACUUUUGUUUUUUUGCUUUUUUUUUGGCAUGUUAAUAAACCAGUCUAUGAAAUACUUUAAAUUCAAAUAAUUUUAUUCGGCUAUUAGUAAUGUUAAUAAAUAAUUAUUUAUUAUUUAUCAGGUUCAACGAUUGGAAGAAAAAGUUUUAAAGCCACUCACACGAUAUGGAAAAAUCUGUAAAAAUAUGAAAGUGAGUUUUAAAUGUUAGCCAGUGUGUUAUAUUUUUAUGAAAUUAAAUUAUUUAAUUUUAUUUCUCAAUUUUUAUGAGAAAAGGCUACAUAACUUAUCACAUCCUCUGAUUGCAGUCCAGUGUGCGAAGUAACCAAAAUGCCACAAAAAGUGAAGCAAAACAGUUGGAGAAGUUGGAAAAACUGCAGCAAAAAGGACCAGCAGAUAGCCCAGAACUUGUAUCCUUGAUUUCUAGGGUUUUUCUGGAGCAAAAUUGACUAAAAUUAUUCUUAACCUUUUUUUUUUAAACUACUGAGCUAGAAAUUGAAGCUAGCUGUGAAAGUAACCAUUCCAACAGGUAGACCUGUAUUUAAAUAAUGUGAGAUUUAUCUAUACAACAUUUUCAAUAUUUUUCUAGGAAAUUAAUUUUUACUUAAAGAUAAUGGCAUAGUUGUUGCCAGACCAACAUAAUAAAAAUAAAGAAAGGAAAAAAGGAGAAUUUUUUUUUUAAAUUUGAUACUGAUUGUCUUGAAAAAUUGUCAGGUGUUUUUUGAGGGUUAAAGAUAUUAUCUUAUUGCUCUAUAAGUAUUAUAAAUAUUACAAUCAGGGUUUAUAUAAAGUUAAAUAUUUAUUGUUUGAAAAUAUUUUUCUUUAACAGUUUCCAGGUAAAGGUAUGACUAUUAUGUGGUCCUGAAAAGGUGUCUCACAGUCAAACAACCAAAAGGGAUGUAGAAGGAUAAUUUUAAUGACAGAAAGUAUACUUAGACUAGGAGAAGUUAUUAUAAGUUGUCGCCUCCUAUCAUAAAUUGUGACUCUUAUCACUAUGUGGACAGCUGGUCAUAGACACAUUUUUAUUUUCAAAUGUUUUUUUUUUCAUCUCGUUUUUCUCUAGGCUCAGGCAGAUUUACAAAGAAUGAGACAAGUGAGUGGUAAUUUCCAGGAACAGUUGCUAAGUGAAAUGGAUAGAUUUGAAAAGGAGAAAAUCUCAGAUUUAAAGGUAGUUCAAAUGUUAUUAAAAAGGAACUGA